UUAUUUUGAAAGGAUGUGAGGCGGAAGUGGCGCUUUAGUUUAGCGGGAAUUUCCUUCAGAAGGUCUCCAGGUUGCCCAUCUCGUCAUACCCGUUCAAACCGAUGCAUUGAACCAGCCACAGCGGCGGGGAUCCAAUGGAAGGGGAUCUGGAAGACGGGGAGAUCUCCGGCUCGGACACGGAGAUGGGUGCCGCUCGACCCCAGGUUCCCCCGGCUUCCAGCGGCCAGUCCUUCCACGGCCGAGCCGCCGCCUACCGCAGCACCGGCCGGACGGUGGAGUCCAGCGACAGCGACGCGGACUCGUCGGACGAGGAGGCGACCCUGUGGCGCCGCAAGCGGCACAAAGUCUCCCAGCGGCCGGAGCCGAGCCGCCUGCCCGCCCCCGACGCGCCUGGAGGCCGCAAGGUGAACAACAUCUGGGGCUCCGUGGUCCAGGAGCAGAGCCAGGACGCCGUGGCUGCAGAGCUGGGCUUCUUCGGCAUGGAAGGGGAAGUGAGCAUGUCCAGCAGAAAUGUCGAGACUUAUAACUUUGUGCUGGCCCGGAAGAUCAUGGAGAAGGAGAGAGAGCUGGAGAGGCGGGCGAACGAUGGCGGCAGCGAGGUGAGCAUGCUGGACGCCCAGCUGGAGGACUACAUGAAGGAGCGCGAGGACAGGGACGCCAAGAGGAAGAGGCCGGCCAAAGAGAGACUGGGCCCCAGGGCGGAGAUGGACACCGAGGGCCGGUACGAGGUCACAGAGGACGACCCCGAGGCCAAGGUGACGGAGGAGAUCGCUCACAGGCUGCGAGAGCCCAAGAAAGACCUGAUCCAGCGCAUCGUCGCAGUCAUCGGGAAUAAAAAAGCCAUCGAGCUGCUGGGAGAGACGGCCACGCUGGAGGAGGCCGGCGGCGUGCACACCGUGGACGGCAGCAGGCGAAGGACGCCCGGCGGCGUGUACAUCAACCUGCUGAAGAACACGCCCAGCAUCAGCAGGGCCCAGGUCCGCAAGAUCUUCUCGGAGGAGCAGCAGAGGGAGUGCAGGAGCAAGAAGGCGGCCCAGAAGAGGAGGCGGCACGCCGUGGCCCAGAAGAUGAAGCGGGCCGUCGGCACGCCCGACCUGCAGGAGCACGACGACGUCUCCAGGGAGACCUUCGCCGGCGACACCCACGACGCCUUGGAGUCGCUGGAGGAGGCCGCGGACGACGAAGAGGAGGGUGGCGAGGAAGCGGCCGCGGGCAUCGAGGAGACGGCGUCCGUGGUCUACAGCGCCGCCGACCUGGAGGUGUUCUGAGGGGCGGGGAUGAAGCAUGGAGGACCUCCUCCGGGCCGUCUGUGUGUCCUCACGGCUGACCGGAGCAGAGCGUUGGUCCUGAAGGUCUGAGGAGGAGGAGCCGGUCCGUGAGGAAGAGGCUUUGAUCUCAUCGUCAUGGUCACAAGUUGUUAAGCAUGUGGGAUCACUGAGGCUCCUGGGACACAAAUAAAGAGACGACCUGAACCUCAA